GUUUUUGAUCAGCCCAUCAAUGAAUGGUCCAUCCAUCACACACGCACAGUCGCCAGGCUCAGCAGAUCCUCGCACUCGUCACACCACUCACACACACGCCAACCAUCGAAACCACCACUCCCACCAAGCAGCACCCAGACCGCUAUUGGGGCUGUGUGGCUUCAUGCGCUGCACAUGGCAGAGCUUGGCGGCAAUGGCGGCAAGGCACGAGUCACACACGUUCAUGAAGCCGCUGUGUCUCUUCCUGUGGGACAUUUGCUCCUAAGGCGCCACACCUGGGCAAGGUCGGUGUAGCCUGCAAAGAGAAACAAUGCAAAUGUGCCUUUCCAUCUCUGACAAGUGUACCGGCUAGGUGGUCGGGAGGCAUAGAGUCCUCAGGCACGGCCGGGACGGGCGGAUCUGCAAAUGCACACAUUUAGUGUGUGUGUAUGUGUGCGUGUUGGUCUCGGUGCCCGUGUGUGUGCUGUCCUCACUCACCGUAGAUAUGCAGCCGCACCCUCUUGACGAUCGGCCCGCCCCUGUGCAUAUAGGCAGGGGAUGCACAUCAGGGCGUGGCGUGUAUUGGAUAUGCACGUGGCGUGACGUACCCGUAUCGCGUCACCCAGAAGCGCCAAAUGGAGGAGUUGACACCGCUGCACACAUAUAGAUGGUACACUGAUACGUCUGAAUGCCUGUGUCGGUAUCGAUAGUCUGUCGAACACACGAGGCCACUGCGCAGACUGUCCUGUAAGGAGGGAGGACAUGUGCACUGAUGAGCUUCGUCUGCUCGCGUAUCUGUGUGUGAGUGCUCCUACCUGUCCGUCGAAGAACACCUCAUUGGUGAUCCGGCCAGGCAGGGGGCCCCUGCACACAUUCACACAGAUAUACGUGUCGGUCGGCCUAGUGUGAGGGCGUGUACCGACCUCCUUCUGACGAAUGUCUUUCAGGUGUCAAUCCACUGGUUGUCGACCAAAUAGUAGCACUCCUGCACACACACGGUAAACGCACACACACGCCACGCUAGAGUGUGUUGAUGGAUGUGUUCGUACGGCGUAUGUCGUGUCGUAUUCCUUGAUAAACGAAAUCUCGUCAUUUCUCCUGCGGCGUAUGAGUUGCUGCAUUGCACAAGUAAAGACGCCACACACGCUUGGAUAGACCCGUCGACUACGUCACGGGGCAUGUGUCUGUGCCUACCUCUUCUGAGGGUGUGGUUUCGAUGAUGGCUGUCGGGGCGUCCUCUUCUUUGACACCAACACCGUACAUGGCCGCAUUGAUGUUGAAGGCCUCCUGCUCUCGGGCGUCGGCCAUCUUGAGGGCAGCAGCCAUGCAGGCCGCAGACGCGCCGAGCCGCUUGCGGCGAUAGAAGUCGACCAUGCGGCCGAUGUGGUCGGGCUGCACCACCUCCACUGCAAGUGAGGACCACUUGGUGUGUGUAUGCAUCGAUGGACGGACACGACUACGUGUGUGCAUGUGUGUGCAUGUGGAUGUGUGUGUAUCGUGCUUACAGAUCGAAGCGAUGGCUGAGGGCGAUGUCGCCCAUCUCGUCAAGGGUGGACUGCACGGUGGAGAUGACCUGGCCACACACCUCCACUGAACGAACAGCAUCGCCUCCACUCAUGGGCAGCAGGAAAGGCGUGACAGCCUGACGCGCACACACGCACACACACAGUCAGCUAACACAGUGAGUGCAUCAGAUGACCAUUUCUACCCACCCGGAUUUCUUCAUCAAUCUUUGCGCGCCGUCUCUGGGCGUCCCGCAGCUGCUCCUCCAGCCGGGCCUUCUCAGCGAGGACCCCCUUCAUGACGGCAUCGACCGUCUCGGCGCCGCUGUGUGUGGCCGUCACCUGCAGCUCUUGCACGGCACUGCUGGAGGCCUCAGCGGCCGUCUUAUCGAGCGUCGACAUCAUCCACCUGACCCAAAAGUCAGGAGUUCCGGUGUAGUCCCGCUUGGCCGCGUCGUCGAGCAGGUGGUCGACCGACGCCGCCUUGCCCGCACUGCGAAUGGUUUCGGCAUCGAGUAUGGCCUUGUGGAUGGUCUUGAAGGCCUCCGGGUCCAUGUCAAGGAACACCCGCUGCGCAUCGUCCUUGACCAGCCGGCUGUCCCAGCUCCCCGACAAGGGCGCCGCCAGGGGAGUCCCCUCCACGCCAUCCCCCUGCGUCAUGUGCCGCCGCGACACGCUCAUCAGAUGGCCGCCCACAUUCAGCAGCAGCACGUCGUUUGUCGCCUCGGAGGUCGCAGGCGGGUCCAAUGCGCCGUGCCUCUGCCUCUCAUGCAGGGCAUCGUCGUCAGCCUGGCGGAUCUGGGCACGCAGCUCGAUGAUGGCGUCGCUGAUAGAGGUCACGGGAUCUCCCAGCUUCGAGAAGAUAGCAUGCACGCUGAAGUCUUGAGUCGCCGACUCAGCCUGACCCUCCAUUGCCGCUGCACCUCCGUCCUGAUCAGUUGCUGCAACUGCACGCAGCAAAGGAAACCAAGCAAAACGAAAAUGGCCAGAUCUGAUCCAUUGUCGGCCGCUCUGGCCUCUCGCACUUACCUCCAGUGCAUUUGUUGCCCAUAUUGGCUUCGCACUCU